GACACAGUCCUGGGAAAGUCCUGCCGGCUAUCCAGACAAUUAUAAAAAUGUGUCCCCCAGGGUCAGUGUUCCAACCGCCUCACCCUCGGCAUCCAGCUGCUCCUCUCAGUGCCGGUCCAGCAUGUGUCAAUCACGCUACCUCCUCCUUUUGGCUACCCUUGUCCUCCUAAACCACCUCAGUUUGGCCAGGGUCAUACCUGUCUCUGGACCUGCCAAGUGUCUUAGCCAGUCCCAAAACCUGCUGAAGACUGCGGAUGACAUGGUGAAGACGGCCAGAGAAAAACUGAAACACUAUUCCUGCACUGCUGAAGACAUCGAUCAUGAAGACAUCACAAGGGACAAAACCAGCACACGGGAGGCCUGUUUACCACUGGAACUGCACAAGAACAAGAGUUGCCUGGCCACUAGAGAGACUUCUUCCAUAAUAAGAGGGAGCUGCCUGCCCCCACAAAAGACUUCUUUGAUGAUGACCCUGUGCCUUGGUAGCAUCUAUGAGGACUUGAAGAUGUACCAGUCCGAGUUCCAGGCCAUAAAUGCAGCACUUCAGAAUCAGAAUCAUCAGCAGAUAGUACUGGACAAAAACAUGCUGAUUGCUAUUGAUGAGCUGGUGCGGUCUCUGAAUCACAACGGGGAGACUCUGCUCCAGAAACCUGCCGUGGGAGAAGCAGAUCCUUACAGGGUGAAAAUGAAACUCUGCAUUCUCCUCCACGCCUUCAGCACUCGAGUCAUGACUAUCAACAGGGUGAUGAGCUAUCUGAGCUCCUCCUGAAAGGCUCAGAGCCCUCCCCCACAGCGCCCUCCUCCCAAAAAUAGGUUAGUAAGAGGCGGGUUAAGAAUCAGGAGUUCUUGGUCUGGUUGACCUUCAGCUUCCACAGGAAUCUCUUCUCCUGUCACAUUCCUCAAAGGUGGCACAGCUACCUCAGCAUGGUCCUCUCCAGCAUGUCUCUCACAAUUACUAUACAAGUUGUUUGUAAGUUUUUAUCAAAAUAUUGUUAAGGGGAGAAUAUGUCCUCCCUUAAAGUGUCAGCAGAAGAGCAAGAACUGAUAAGCUAUUAUUUUUGUGCCAAAGUGUUUUUGAAAACACUCAGUCACCCCUUAUUUAAAAUAUUUAUUGUUAUAUUUUAUACUCAUGAAAGUAUAUGAGCCUAUUUAUAUUUAUUUAUUUUCUAUUUAUUAUAAUAUUUCUUAUUAUGAAUUUGAAACAUUUUGAAACAUACCUUAUUUUGUGGUUCUAAUAAAGUAAUGCAAGCACUUCACA